AUGGCUGCCUGCGAUACCCGUUUCAAGCUCAACACCGGCGCUGAGAUCCCCGCGCUCGGUCUGGGAACAUGGCAAUCCCAGCCCGGUGAGGUCGCCCGCGCCGUCUCCCAUGCCAUCAAAGUCGGCUACCGUCACAUCGACGCCGCCCUGUGCUACGCGAAUGAGAACGAGGUCGGCCAGGGCAUCAAGGAAGCCAUUGAUUCCGGAAUCGUCAAGCGCGAGGACCUUUUCGUGACCACCAAGCUGUGGUGCUCCUACCACACCCGUGUCGAGGAGGGUCUCGAGCAGAGUCUCAAGGACCUCGGUCUCGACUAUGUCGACCUGUAUCUGAUGCACUGGCCUCUGGCUAUGAACGACAAGGGAAACCACAACCUCUUCCCCAAGCUCGCGGAUGGCUCGCGCGACAUCCUCCGCAACCACUCCCACAUCACCACGUGGAAGAGUAUGGAGAAGCUCGUCGGUACCGGCAAGGUCAAGGCCAUCGGCGUUUCGAAUUACAGUCUCAAGUAUCUCGAGGAGCUGAUGCCCCAGGCCACUAUUGUCCCCGCCGUCAACCAGAUCGAGAAUCACCCUUCGCUGCCCCAGCAGGAAAUUGUGGAUUUCUGCAACAAGAACGGCAUCCAUAUCACAGCCUACAGUCCUCUGGGUAGUACCGGCAGCCCUCUGUUCACUGCGGAGCCCAUCGUGGCUGUCGCUAACAAGCGUGGUGUUACCCCCGCCAGUGUUCUGCUCAGCUGGCACAUUGCCCGUGGCUCCUCCGUUCUGGCCAAGUCUGUGACCCCUGCCCGUAUCGAGUCCAACCGUGCCGACCUGAUCAAGCUGGAUGCUGAGGAUAUGGAUGCGCUGCGGAAGUAUAGCGAUGGCCUCCAGGCUGAGGGCAAGCUCCAGCGCUUUGUUUACCCUCCCUUCGGUGUCAACUUUGGUUUCCCUGAUAAGCAGUAA